AGGCCAGAACAGGGAAAGUCUGAGUCACAGCUCCAGCUCCUGGGGACUGCACGGCUGACCGGUGGCUCGCGGCUUGGCCCGGUGCAGGGAGAGACACGGAGACCCAGCAGCACAGAGUCCCUGCACACGGAGCUCACCGACAUGGUCCCUGGAUGCAUGCCAGCAACAGGAUCCCUGCACGGCACCUCCUGAGAGACGCCAGCCAGGCCCAGUGUGGACACUAGGGCCCGGGCAGCGCGUGGCAUGGAGCUCCCUGAGGUGGAGGACAACGCGGAGUUCCUGGAGCGGCUGAUGGAGGUGACCUCGCGCCGCCUGCCCCAGCUGGAGCUGCAGGAUCAAUACACCAUCAUCAAGGAGCUGGGCAGCGGCACCUACGGCAACGUGCUGCUGGCAGAGCACCGGGAGCGAGGCACGGCCCUGGCGUUGAAGCUGAUGCCGAAGGAGAGGACGGAGCGGCGGGAAUUCCUGCGGGAGUACUGCAUUGCGCUCUGCCUGUCUGCCCACGCCGGUUUCCUGCGCACUCUGCCCGUCGCCUUCGAGAGCCCCACCCAUUUUGCCUUUGCCCAGGAACUCGCGCCCGCUGGGGACCUGUGUGCCAUCGUGCAUGACGGGGAGGGUCUCCCAGAGGCCCAGGUGAAGCGCUGCGCAGCCCAGCUGGCCGAGGCCCUGGACUUCAUGCACGGCAAAGCCCUGGUGCACCGGGACAUCAAGCUGGACAACGUGCUGCUCUUCGACUGCGAGUGCCGGCGGGUGAAGCUGGGCGACUUCGGGCUGACGCGGCUGGAGGGCACCCCCGUCUGCGCCAUGUCGGGCACCCUGCCCAACGCGCCGCCCGAGCUCUGCCUGCUCGAGGCCUCGGAGACGCUGGAGCUGGACGCCAGCCUGGACGUGUGGGCCUUUGGGGUGCUGCUCUUCUGCCUCGGCACCGGCUGCUUCCCCUGGGACGUGGCUGCCAGCGCCGACCCCCAGUUUGAGGAGUUCGGCGCCUGGCAGAACAGCACGGUGCCAGGGGAGGCGCCAGCGCGCUGGAGGGCUUUCAGCGCCGCCGCCCAGGAGAUGUUCCGGCGGCUGCUGACCCUCGACCCCAACCGCCGCAGCCCGGCCAUCGAGGUGCACAAGUACCUGCCCCUGGUCUGGCUGGCAAGCAGCCGCCGGGAGCUGGAUGGUGCCGGGGGACUGGGGGGCCAGUGGCCCAGCCAGAGCCUGGCCAGAGAGCAGCACAGUCAGGAACAGCUCCGAAGCAGCCCAGGCGCUGCCAGUGGCCCAGCCCCCCCCACCGAGAGCUCUGCCCAGGCUGGGGGGAGCAGGCCCCAGUCCAAAUUGGGAAAAGAGGGAUCCAGUAGAGGCAGCAGCAGCACCUGGCCACCCACCAGCCAGAACCAUGGCUUCAUCCAGCUGCUCCUCCACCCCUGCGCUGGCCUGAGUGAUCCGGUGCUGGUGACACCCGGCCUGCCCCUCCGUCAGGGAUCAAGUGGCAGCAGCAAUGGGCUGAUUCCACCCACCACCACCCUCGCCAGCCUCAGGUUUGCCAUGCUGGUGGUGGCACCCAGAUACCCCCACUCCCUCCGCCAGCCUCAGGGAUCCAGUGUCCAUGGUACCCAAUGUCGUGAGUUGAGGCCCUGA